GAAGCGCGGACUUGCGGAGAGGAGCAGCGUCGCUUCCUUGCAGGAUUUAUUUGUUUGUUGAAUGCAUAUAUCUCUUUUGUUUUUCCUUUACGAAAACGGUCGCUUUCCGAAUGCCGACGACUCGGACGGACGGCUCUUGUCCGCUCGCCAGGCGUUGCAUGUGUUGGUUUUGUCCUGCAGGCUUUGUGUUUUGGAGGAUCUAGAGCUGGAGAGAGAGGCAGUGCCAGGCGCUGCUACUGCUGUGGGCUGGACCGGCCACGGAUGGGAAGGUGUCAGACUGCACUUAAACAGAGAGCUGCUUCAAUGAAGACAACCAUGUGGAGACCUGUUACAGCUCUGUUGAAGGACACUUCAAGUCAUCUACUAGUUUGUAUCACCUAAACUUCAAUUUGGAGAUUUCGGAAUUCUGUGCUUGUGGAUAUUUUCAUUUAUGCGUCUGGAAUCUUAUGUGCAUGUUAGAUGUCAAACAAAGUAUCGUAACUUCACCAGACCUCUGGAUUUGGAUAAUUGAACCUCUUUCCUUGGAGUUUAAUAAUUGAGCAUUCACUUACAGGUGUUUUUUUGGGAAUUGUGGGAAUUGUGAGUUUUCGAUCAAGUGCUUUCGAUUCUGCAGCCAAUACCGAGCGAGGGCUGAGAGGCUCCCGGCAGGAAGUGUUGAGUUGUGAGUGUGUCAUCUGGUGAAAUGGAUGGCCCGCGGUGCAGCGGGAUCCGGAAAAAGCGGAAGUCUCGGUCGGUUCGAGACCGGGAACGUGUGUCUAACGGGAUCAGGAAUAACCAUGUUCGAGGCCCCGUGCUUCGAUUCUCCUCGGAUUCAGAGAGGGAAGGCAGCACCAAUCCCUCUUCUUCUUCUCGACCGAGACCACCGAGGAGGAAGAGGAAGGAGUCUACCUCAGCAGAGGAAGACAUCAUUGAUGGAUUCUCAAUAUCAGGAUUUAUAACCUUGGAGGCUCUUGAGAAGGACAUGACUCUGAAGCCACACGAGCGGAGACAGAACCAGGCAGGACCUCUGCGCAAGAAGAAAGCCAGCAGAAUCCCGAACGGGCUGAGCUUGGACCUACACAAGGACAGACUCAACCACAACAACAACCACCAGCACCAUCACUCCGACCAGGAGAACAACCCUCGCCUGGCCCAUGCACACAGCAAGAAGAAAAAACAUCUGCAGAAGAAGCACAGACCCCUGAAGCCGGGCCAGAACAACUGUAAGGACAGUGACAGUGAGAGCGUGAGUGGCGAAUCCAAACCCUCCAUCCGCAGCAGCUCCAGAGACAGACUGACAGAUUGUGACAGCGAGACUGACCAAGAAGACAAGGGCUCAGAUGCCAGCUCAGAGAAACUUUUCAGCACAGCUGCAGUUAAAGUUCCAGAUUUUAAUGUCGACACGCUCUCAACCACCAAUGCCAGCCAGGAGCUGCGAGGCCUGGGCCUUCCCAAGGUGUCUGGCCUAGAGCGCAGCCAGGAAAAGAGCCAAGAGACUUCCCGUGACCUCCCUUCGGCCACCCCCUCAUUGGUGCCCACUUCCCAUCCCAAACCUCCCUUCCCCGCCCCUCUUCACCUUCAGCCACCCUCGUCCAACCGGGCGUUACCCUUGCCUCCGAACCCAGCCCAAACCCUUCACCCUUGUACGGAGCGCCCGCUUAGACCGCCAACACCCUCUAACACCCUGCCUCUCACCCAAGGCCGCGACGCCUCUCAGGCAGCCCCUUCCCAGCCUCAGCACCAGCCUGAGCCCCCGUCUCACCCACGGCCUCCUCCAACCCCAGGCAUCUAUCACCACCCUCCAUCACCGGUGCUACCAGCUCAGCAGAACCCCACCCAACCUGUACAGCACAGACCACCUUCACGGUGCCAUCCACGGCCAGUGUCGGCCUACAGUGGCAGCCUUAACCUCAACGGCUUAAGUAAUAGUCGAAGCAGUACUCCUGGAAAGUCCCGUGGACCCUCUCCAGCCCCUCAUCUGCACCACCACCAACCUGCCCCCACUGGGGCAGCGGCCUCUUUUCCCCUGCCCCUGCCGGCGAACCCCACGACCCCUCACAACUUCCCCCCCUCCCUGCCGUCCUCAACUCUUCCUCAUCACACCAAUAUGUUUGCGUCGCCUGCCGCUCUGCCUCCACCUCCUCCUCUCACCUCAAACACUCUGCCGGUCCCCGGACACCCAGCUGGCAGUGCCUAUUCAGAACAAGAUCUUCUCCGGCAGGAACUGAAUACUCGUUUCCUGGCGUCUCAGAGUGCUGAUCGCGGGGCAUCGCUGGGUCCCCCUCCAUACCUGCGGACUGAGUUCCACCAGCAUCAACACCAGCAUCAACAUCAGCACCAGCACACACAUCAACACACACACCAGCACACCUUCACCCCCUUUCCCCACGCCAUCAUGCCCACGCCUGCACCGCCCAUGGUGCGUACCCCAGCCAGAAAUUUUGAAAAAUACCCCACUAAAGUCGACCCCUUUUACAGACACAGCCUGUUCCACUCUUACCCUCCAGCUGUUUCGGGCAUUCCUCCCGUCAUCCCACCCACCGGACCCUUCGGAUCUCUGCAGGGAGCGUUUCAGCCCAAGACCUCCAACCCUCUAGACGUAGCGGCCAGACCUGGAGCUGUCCCGCACACACUUCUUCAGAAAGACCCACGGCUGACGGAUCCGUUCCGGCCGGUUCUCAGGAAACCAGGGAAGUGGUGUGCUAUGCAUGUUCAUAUAGCCUGGCAAAUUUACCACCACCAACAGAAAGUAAAGCAGCAGAUGCACAUUGACCCACACAAGCUGGACUUCGGCCUCAAACCAGAGUUUCUGAGUCGACCACCUGGUCCCACCCUCUUUGGAGCGAUACAUCCACACGACCUCGCCCGACCUGCAACACUUUUUUCUGCAGCAGGACCCACACAUCCCUCAGCUGCACCAUUCGGACACCCUCCACAUCAUCCUAGCAACUUUCUCACCCCAGCACCCCACUUAGAGCCCUUCAGCAGACCACCUUCAUUUGCAGGUCUGGCCUCAUUAAGCACUGCAGCUUUCGGUGGGCUGGGAAACCCAGCACUCAAAGAACGACUUUGCAGACCGUUUACAUUGAUGGACAACUACACAACACACUGUAAUAAAGCACCCAACUCAAUGUUCGGCCACAAAGACGCACCCAACGCACAGCAGCACUUCAGCGGACCCCAUGAGCCAUGGAACAGACUGCACCGCACCCCACCCUCCUUCCCCACCCCGCCUCCAUGGCUUAAACCUGGAGACUCCGAACGCAGCACAUCAGUCAGCUCUCACGAGAGGGAGAGAGACAGAGAACGAGAGAGAGACAGGGAGAGAGAACGAGAUUUGGAUAAAAGGGAUUCCUCAGUCAACAAAGACGAUAAAGAGCGGGAAUCCACGGAAAAGAGACACCAGAAUCACCCUUCACCGAUACCUGUAAACCCCCUCACUUUGUUGGGACAUACUCGGCCUGCUGAACCCACCCGGAACCAAAUCCCAUCCAGCGAGCCCCGAGACAAGGAAAAGCCCAAAGAGCGCGAGCGAGAACGCGAGCACUCGGACUGGAAAGACUCCAACACCGAUGAGCACAAAACGAAGGAGAAUCAUCACAGUGACAAGGACACACCCAUCAUCCUUGACGGACGGGUUUCAGAGGAAAAAUCGGCCAAUCGGGUGACACCGUCACCUUACAUGAGGCCGGCUGGCCUUGAAAGAGUAAAUGGUGGGUUGAAUCGAGAUGCUCUGGAGAAGAAGAACGAGAUCACAUAUGAGAAAAAAAGCAGUGAGGUUAAAGUAAAGGAGGAGAGGAAGGAGGAGCCGGACGGUCCUACGGAGAGAUCACCGGAGCAAAUCCAGAGAUCUACACCUCAAGCACCUCCUGCCACCGCACUCCACCCACCCUCUUCCAUGCCGAUGCCCAUGAGCAUGGCAGGCAUGCAUCAUCCUAUUAACAGUAUCAGCAGCUUGGAGAGAACUCGUAUGGUGGCCCCUUUCAUGGGUAUCAGCCCCAUCCCAGGUGCAGAGAGGUUCCCCUACCCUGCUUUUCACUGGGAUCCAAUGAGGGACCCUUACCGUGGACUUGACAUUCACCGGAGAGAUCCGUUAGCUCGGGAUCUGUUACUGAGGAACGACCCUCUGCACCGAUUGGCGGCGCCACGCCUUUACGAAGCAGAGCGCUCGUACCGGGAUCGCGAGCCGCACGACUUUAACCGUGACCAUCCUCACGGACUUGCCUUAGAACAGAGACGAGAACAAGAGAGAGCGCACCUGGAAGAAAGGGAGCGCCUUCAUUUGCUUCGAGAGGAUUACGAACAAGGCCGUCUACAUCCGAUGCAUCACCCCGCACUGGACGGACACCUCCCCCACCCCGGUCUCAUGGCCCCCGGACUACCCAGCAUGCAUUACCCUCGCGUCAGCCCCUCCUCGGCGAUGGCUGCUGCGCAGAACGGACUCCUAAAUAAAACCCCUCCCACUGCAUCACUUAGCGCUCCGCCCCCGCUUAUCCCAACUCUCGGAGCGCGUUCCGCUUCUCCCAGACGGACUACCCCACUCAGCACUGACAUUAGAGACAGACCCCCUUCACACACACAUAAAGAUAUCGAGGCACGAUGAGACGGGACAGAAACUUAAGCGUGUGCCCCUUGUUUGUGUCUGAUGGACAAUGGAACUCAAAGCACUUGAUACUGGACUGAGGCUGUAUCAUAUCUCUGUGUAUAAAUUGUGCAUUACUGAUGUUUAUUUGUGUCGUUUUUUGUUUUGUACAAACCACAAAUGAAGAUUUUUCAUGAUCUUUUAUCUGGUUUGCUCCUGCUUGGUGUGUAUUCUUAAACAUGUACAGUACGCCGAGCAAGGGGACAAAAUAUAGAUCUCCAACCCCAACAAAGAUGAUUUUGGAAUGUACAGGUACCUCAAUACAUUGCAAAACUUGUAGAUAUGUGCAUAGUCUGUGUGUUUCUCUCCUUAAGGAAAAAAUCAUGGUACAAAUAUGCAAAUGGUUGUUAUGAAAGCUUUACUUUGACUUGCUGUACAUAGUGGGCAGUGAUCAAAGGGAGAGUGAACAUUCUCACAGAUUUGUUUUGAGUUAAAUGCUGCAUAUUAAUGUUUUUGAAGGAUCAUAUUGUCCAAGAGACCACACAUCCCUUCUUUCAACUAUGCAACUUAUGCGUGGGCUCUCUCUCUAUAUAUAUAUAUAUAUAUAUCACUCCUCUUCUGUCUUUCUCUGUCCUGGAGGACAACCAUUCUUUACUAAACCCUCUCAUUCUCCUGACUCACUGAAGCAACGGGACACGCUUACACAUGACUGAGAUGAGGCUUUUCAAUGGCGAUUAUUACUUUUAACAGGUUGCAUUCCUUAAAUCUUAAUCCAGAAACAUGCAUUUGUUUUUCAAGCUAUAAGAAUCUGUGUUGACAAUCCUGACAAAUACACCAAUGUUUAUUGAACAAUGCUUAGCAUAGAGAGUGCUUGCCUAAAAAUUUUAAUAUCGUUCUGCAAUUUGACAGAUUGCAAACAUGACAACAUCCUAUCAUGACCCAUGAUGUCACAAGACAAGUGUAAACGGGACACUAUCCUAUUGGUCUAAUUGUGUAUUAAAGUGUUAUGUAUCUAUGAAAUGACAAAAGCAAGUCGUAAGCUAUGGACAGUUUGUUUUUAAUGAGCAGAGAUCUAUUUUAGUAGUCCAUGGGAGGGUUAGUUGUGCGCUUUUAAACUCUGUGAAAUUCAGAUGUUGUGCCGUGUUUUUAUUUUCUUUAAUUUUCUCUUUGGUUUUCUUAAAAUCGAACAUUAAAAUGUCCACUGAAGCAGUAGUGGGUAGUCAAUACGUAUUGCAAAGAGAUUGUAAGAAACUUUUUUGCUGUUUAUCAUGUACGUAAAAAUAUGAAGUCCUUUCUAGAUCAUGUAAAAAAAGGGUGAGGCGACUCAGCAUGCUCCUCAGUUAAACUUGUGUUAUGUAAAUUGUGCCAUGUUAUUAAAAAAUGUGACCUAA